AUGCCUGCUCCUGUGGACUUGGCGCAGGAGUUGCACAGCUUCUGUCAUCGUCUCGAUUGCGAUUUUGAUGCGGUCAGUUCCUUCCUCGACCAAGACGUUUCGUUUCGAGAUAAGUUCACAGCCGUGAUUUCGAGAUAUAUGUACCAGCCCCGGGUCAUGUCUAGUGUCGAGGCCACCCUAAAACCGACACAAGCCGGCUCGGCCAUGCCUCCCUGUACAUGCGAUGGUGAGGCAGGCUCAGGAUCAGACGGACAUGCACCUGGCCGCUCGCCAAUUGCUUCCGUCGAAGCCAAUCCACAAGCUUUUGGAGGCGCGUCGCCAACGCGCAAAUCCGUAGAGGCUGAUGGCGCGGCUGCCCCCAUGAAGCGUAGGAAGGAUAGCAGAGCUGGACGCAUCCCACCAAUCAUCGCCAAGUUGGAGAAGACCGGUAGCCCAGAGACUCUCGUACGCCUAUGGGACAGCUGCAGAGCAUCGAGGGCUCGAGAUCAGAGUAUCGUUAGCGGGACGCGACAGGUCCUGCCUGGCGAACCGGAAGGUGACUUGGAUGGCCCGUCUGUGCUGGAACGACUUGAUUCCCUCAGAGAGCAGGCGGCUGCAGCUAGUUCAAGCAUUCACUUUUCCAUUGCUAUCAAG